AUGACGUCCAUUAUCAAGCCAAGACUGAAUGUGAUUUUCAAGGAUAAUUUGAUUCUAGUGGUAAAUAAGUUACCUGGUAUGCUAAGCCAAGCUGGAAAUCACAGUAGGCUAUCAAUUGAAAAUUAUUUGGACGAUCUCAAAUUCGACUUUGAUUACCCUCCAAAGCCACUGCAUAGACUCGAUUACACUACUUCAGGUUGCCUGAUGCUCGGUAGAACAGAGAGAGCAGCGAAGCAAUUCAGCAGCGCACUAGCCAACAACAAAAUAACAAAGGAGUACUGGGGACUAGUCGAAAACAUGGAUAGAGUAUAUCACGAUCAAGGUGUAGUCCAAGAUCCAAUCUCCCUGUCCAGCACAGGCAGACCUUAUAUAGGUGGGGAUAAAAAAGCCUUUACGAAAUGGCAGGUGCUGCGAUAUAAUCCGGAGACUUGCGUCGGAUUGUGCAAGUUCGUUAUACAAACAGGACGCAAGCAUCAGAUAAGGCUGCAUGCAUCUCAUGUACUUGGAUGGCCUAUUCUCGGUGACAGGCUGUAUGGACAGUCAAAAUCAACCAAAUCGUCCAGUGUCGUUCAUCUGCACGCCCGUUCAGUUGAAUUUGAGAGAUUCUACAAAAGCAGAUCAGGCAAAGCCCACAAAGAGCAAGUAAAAGUAGAGGCACCGAUACCGCGAGAAUGGACAAAGAAGAUGGAGGAGAGUAAAUUUGAUGAUUUGAUGGAAAAUGCGCCUGUAAAAGGAUUCGGAUUUAGCUGA